AUGAUCGAGCCAUUUCAAGCAACAUUUGCGGUGCCCUUGACGUGCGAGAGCUGCAUCAAGGACGUCUCUAAGCCGCUGUACGAGCUGGCCGGCAUAAAAAAGGUCGAUGCCAACUUAGCAGACCAGUUGAUCAUGGUCGAAGGCACUGCUGCGCCCUCUGCCAUAGUGGCUGCGAUCCAGGGCACCGGCCGAGACGCCAUUCUACGCGGCAGCGGGACAUCUAACAACGCCUCGGUGUGCAUCCUAGAGACACACAGAGAGGACGUUGCAAACAAGAUCCGGGGCCUGGUGCGCAUGGUGCAAGUCUCGGGGAAUCUGACUAUAUUCGAUCUGACGAUCAACGGGCUCUCGCCAGGCAGAUACUGGGCCACCAUUCGUGAGACGGGAGACAUAUCCCGCGGACCUGAGUCCACCGGUGGAGUCUGGGAGGCCGUCAAAGAACUGAAAGAGCAGCAGCAACAAAGUAACCAUAACGACGAUAAAAGCCGCAAAGACAGUGAACCCCGGGGAGUGGUGGGCAGCGUGGACGUGGACGAGCACGGCAAAGGCAGCGUCUUCCUGGACCGGCCGAUAGCCGUCUGGGAGAUGAUCGGACGCAGCAUGGUGGUAUCACGGCAGCGCGAGGGACCCUUCAGCGUCGACGACGAGGACACCAUCGUCGGGGUCGUUGCUCGCAGCGCCGGCGUCUGGGACAACGAGAAGAUGGUGUGUUCGUGCUCGGGCAAGAAUGUCUGGGAGGAGCGCAGGGAGCAGCUGUCCAGGGGCAUUGUCUGA